AUGGCUACCGACGACGAUAACUUCGACAUUGACAUCUACGGCGAUGGCACUUACAAUGCCAAUGAGCCGGCGGAGUUCAAGCAGGAUGAUUCGGAGCUCAUCCUGGAUGCUCCCGAGAAUCAGCCUGAGCCCAGCACCGGAUCAUCGAACACCGUCAAGCAGGAGAUCAAGCAAGAGAACCCUACUCCCGCUCAGAGCCAGCAAAUGAACAACAAUGGAGCUCCAUCGGCGCCUCAGCAGACGACACCCCACCAUGGUCUGCCUGCACCCCCGCAGGGAGUCAAGCGUAAGGAAUUCGAGGACCAAUCCGUUGAUCCUGAUGCCACAACUGCAUUGCUGAUCUCGGAUCUAUCCUGGUGGACAACCGAUGACGAUAUUCGAGGCUGGGCGAACCAGGCUGGAGUCGAGGACCAGCUGAAGGAUGUGACCUUCAGCGAGCAUAAAGUGAACGGCAAGAGCAAGGGUCAAGCAUUCGUUGAGUUUACCACAGCGCAGGCGGCGACUGCAACUAAGCACCACAUCGAAAGAAAUGAUGGUCCCGCGCGCAGGCACACUGUGCAAUACACCAGCCCACACCAAAACCCGUUUAAGACUCUCCCUAAGGAUACUCCGAUGCGCAAUGCUGGCGGUCGCGGCGGCGGCGCUGCCCACAGCACUGGCAACUACGGCAUGAACAACCACACUGGUGGCGGAUUCCGCGGCCGAGGCAGCUUCAGCCGCGGCAUGGGUCACAUGAACAACUUUAACAACCGCAACAACUUCAACCCCAUGGGCGGAUUCCAAGGUGGAGCUCCCAAUCCCAUGAUGGGUGGCUUCCAGGGUGCCCCUAUGGGCGGCAUGCAGAACUAUGGAUUCAACAAUCGCGGCAAUAUGAUGGGUGGUGGUAUGCGUGGUGGCGGUAUGCGCGGUGGUCGUGGCGGAAACAUGGGCGGUGCUCCGAACAUGAUGGGCAUGCCUGCUAUGACUCCCCCCAUGGGUGGCAUGGGCAUGAACCCGAUGGCUGGUAUGAACCCCAUGAUGGGCGGCGGCAUGGCAAGCGGCAUGGGAGGCAACAUGCCAAUGCAAGGACAGCAAGGUUUCCAGGGCCCCAACCCCGGAUUCAAUCAGGGCUACUACAACCCUAACAACCCCAACAAUCAGGCCAGUGGCUCCGACGGUGGUUCCUGGAACCCCCACGGCGCGAAGCGUAGCCGGCAAGACUAA